UUCAAAUGGACAAGAGCCCUCACGAAAUGCUGACAGAGGAAGAUAUGGCACUGCAGCAUAUUAACCCACAAGCAUUGGAGAAAUGGCUGAAGAUGACUUUGAAGGAUUCUGAGACAAAAAUAGCGAAAGAAGAGAAAGAAAAAUUUCAAGAAAAGAUAGUUGAACUGAAAGAUACUCAGAGAGAGCUUGAAAGUGAUAUAAACACACUACAUCUCUAUUCCAAAUAAACUAGACGAAGACCGUGUUAUCGAAAAAGACAAACGAUGUAAACUAGAAGAAGACAUCCUCGACCAAACCGAGAACCACGAGGCCGAAGUCCAGCUCCGCUUACUCCUCGAAACCAAGAUCAACACCUUACAUUCCAUAAACAGAAAGCUAUCCCAAAACUACAACACAGCCUUAUCAACCACAGAAUCCACUCGUGCUGAUAACCAACUUCUUAAGACCGCGAACAAAGAUCUUCGUGACCAGAUAGGACAGCUCAAGCUUGACUUAGUCGAGACUAGUGAACAGGUCAAGAGUCAGCAGCACAAGAUUGAUGGGUUGGCCAGUGAGAUCCUGUAUAAGAAUGAGCUUGUUAGUUCAUUAACUGAGAGACUCCAACAUAGUAAGUUAGUUUCAAGUAAUGUGUAGACACACAGGUUAUCGUUGAAAGUAAUAUGUAGGUGAAAGAUAAGGUUAAUCACCAAAAGGAAGUACUGUUAGGGCAGAUAUAGAUAACUUCAAACUCAAAGAGAUCCCACUUUUAGAGAAAAAAUUAGAGCAAAAGGAAAAGGAAGUUAAAGAAGCAGAAGAU